AGUGCAUGCCGGGCAAGAGGAAGACCUCCAGAAGCUCCCCGCGCAGCGCGGCUGUGUUUGCGGCCUGUGCGAGUAGGCGCUUCGGAACCAGUCUCCCGGCGAGCGGUGCGCAGAAACCUCGAACCGGUGGAGCCCACUCGUAACCUGGAGCCCGGAAGGCCGCGAAGACCGUACUGUUUUCUCAGCGGCGGGAGUCUAUCCUGAAUUUAGAUCGUGUACAUUUUGGGAACUUAUUUUAGAAAAGAUCUAAGUUUUAAAAAUUCUCAAUGGACAGACAGAGAAAAGAGGGUCUUUGCCAACUACUUUGGACCGCUGCAGUAAGAAUGUCUUUUCCCCCUCAUUUGAAUCGCCCUCCCAUGGGAAUCCCAGCACUCCCACCAGGGAUUCCACCCCCACAGUUUCCUGGUUUUCCUCCACCUGUACCUCCAGGGACCCCAAUGAUUCCUGUACCAAUGAGCAUUAUGGCUCCUGCUCCAACUGUUUUAGUACCCACUGUGUCCAUGGUUGGAAAGCAUUUGGGAGCAAGAAAGGAUCAUCCAGGCUUAAAGGCUAAAGAAAAUGAUGAAAAUUGUGGUCCCACUACUACAGUUUUUGUUGGCAACAUUUCUGAGAAAGCUUCAGACAUGCUUAUAAGACAGCUCCUUGCUAAAUGUGGCUUGGUUUUGAGUUGGAAGCGAGUACAAGGUGCAUCUGGGAAACUUCAAGCCUUUGGCUUCUGUGAGUAUAAGGAACCUGAAUCUACCCUCCGUGCGCUCAGGUUACUGCAUGACCUGCAGAUUGGAGAGAAGAAACUACUUGUUAAAGUUGAUGCAAAGACAAAGGCACAACUGGAUGAAUGGAAAGCAAAAAAGAAAGCUUCUAAUGGGAAUGCAAGGCCAGAAACUGUCACUAAUGAUGAUGAAGAAGCCUUAGAUGAAGAGACAAAGAGAAGAGAUCAGAUGAUCAAAGGGGCCAUUGAAGUUUUAAUUCGAGAAUACUCCAGUGAGCUCAAUGCCCCCUCACAGGAAUCUGACUCUCACCCCAGGAAGAAGAAGAAGGAAAAGAAGGAGGACAUUUUCCGUAGAUUUCCAGUGGCCCCACUGAUCCCUUAUCCACUCAUCACUAAGGAGGAUAUAAAUGCUAUAGAAAUGGAAGAAGACAAAAGAGAUCUGAUAUCCCGAGAGAUCAGCAAAUUCAGAGACACACACAAGAAACUGGAAGAAGAGAAAGGCAAAAAGGAAAAAGAAAGACAGGAAAUUGAGAAAGAACGGAGAGAAAGAGAGAGGGAGCGUGAAAGGGAACGAGAAAGGCGAGAACGGGAACGAGAAAGGGAAAGAGAACGUGAACGAGAAAAGGAGAAGGAACGGGAGCGGGAACGAGAACGGGAUAGGGAUCGUGACCGCACUAAAGAGAGAGAUCGGGACCGAGACCGCGAGAGAGACCGGGACCGCGAUCGGGAAAGGAGCUCGGAUCGGAAUAAGGACAGGAGUCGAUCAAGAGAAAAGAGCAGAGAUCGUGAAAGGGAACGGGAGCGGGAAAGAGAGAGAGAGAGAGAACGGGAACGAGAAAGAGAACGAGAGCGCGAGAGAGAGCGAGAAAGGGAACGGGAACGAGAGAGAGAGAAAGACAAGAAGCGGGACCGAGAAGAGGAUGAAGAGGAUGCUUAUGAACGAAGAAAACUUGAAAGAAAACUCCGCGAGAAAGAAGCUGCUUACCAAGAGCGCCUUAAGAAUUGGGAAAUCAGAGAACGGAAGAAAACCCGGGAGUAUGAGAAGGAGGCCGAAAGAGAAGAAGAAAGAAGAAGAGAAAUGGCAAAAGAAGCUAAACGACUAAAAGAAUUCUUAGAAGAUUAUGACGAUGAUAGAGAUGAUCCCAAAUAUUACAGAGGAAGCGCUCUUCAGAAAAGAUUGCGUGAUAGGGAAAAGGAAAUGGAAGCAGAUGAACGGGACAGGAAAAGAGAGAAGGAAGAGCUAGAGGAAAUCAGGCAGCGCCUUCUGGCUGAAGGACACCCGGAUCCAGACGCAGAGCUCCAGAGGAUGGAACAAGAGGCUGAAAGGCGCAGACAACCACAAAUAAAGCAAGAACCAGAAUCAGAGGAAGAGGAAGAAGAAAAGCAAGAAAAAGAAGAAAAACGAGAGGAACCCAUGGAAGAGGAAGAAGAGCCAGAGCAAAAGCCCUGUCUCAAACCAACUCUGAGGCCCAUCAGUUCUGCCCCAUCUGUUUCCUCUGCCAGUGGCAAUGCCACUCCCAACACUCCUGGGGAUGAGUCUCCUUGUGGUAUUAUUAUUCCUCAUGAAAAUUCACCAGAUCAACAACAACCUGAGGAACAUAGGCCAAAAAUAGGACUAAGUCUUAAACUGGGUGCUUCCAAUAGUCCUGGUCAACCUAACUCUGUGAAGAGAAAGAAACUCCCUGUAGAUAGUGUCUUUAACAAAUUUGAGGAUGAAGACAGUGAUGAUGUACCCCGAAAACGGAAACUGGUUCCCUUGGAUUAUGGUGAAGAUGAUAAAAAUGCUGCCAAAGGCACCGUAAACACUGAAGAAAAGCGCAAACACAUCAAGAGCCUCAUUGAGAAAAUCCCUACAGCCAAACCUGAGCUCUUUGCUUAUCCCCUGGAUUGGUCUAUUGUGGAUUCUAUAUUGAUGGAACGACGGAUUAGACCAUGGAUUAAUAAGAAAAUUAUAGAAUACAUAGGUGAAGAGGAAGCUACAUUAGUUGAUUUUGUUUGUUCUAAGGUUAUGGCUCAUAGUUCACCUCAGAGCAUUUUAGAUGAUGUUGCCAUGGUACUUGAUGAAGAAGCAGAAGUUUUUAUAGUCAAAAUGUGGAGAUUAUUGAUAUAUGAAACAGAAGCCAAGAAAAUUGGUCUUGUGAAGUAAAACUUUUUACAUUUAGAGUUCCGUUUCAGAUUGCUUCUUCUUUCCCACCCUUCAGAGGACUUUGACUUUUUCUUUGUCUUCAAAGACAUUUGUGAGAUCUGUAAUUUUUUUUUUCAAUGUAGAAAAUGUGAAUUUUUUUGUCCUCUAAUUUGUUGAUGCCCUGUGUACUCCCUUGGUUGUAAAGACAUCUGAAUCCUACCUUGGUUCUCUUUAUACUCACCAGGUACAAAUUACUGGUAUGUUUUAUAAGCCGCAGCUACUGUACACAGCCUAUCUGAUAUAAUCUUGUUCUGCUGAUUUAUUUCUUGUAAAUAUUAAAAUGACUCCCCAAUUCUUUUGCA